CCGUAAGAAAAAAGAACAAAAUAUGGGAGAAGAAAUGAGAAGAGUUGGAUGUUAGGUUGAAAAAAAAUUUCUUCAUCUCUUUUUUCUCAAUACUGUAUUUCGAUUCUAAAAAGGAAGCAGAGCUUAUCUGUACAAAGGAAUUUACAUUAAAUGCAUUCUCUUUUGAAGUCUGCCUUUAACAGCAUAGCUAUAGAGAAGGAGAAGCUUAAGCAGAUUGUUUCAGAACAGGAUGUUACCGGCCACAAUGCACAAAUAGCACAUCUCCGACAGUCGCUUUCUCAGGCUCUCAACCAGAAUGCUGAACUAAGGAGUCGCUUGAACAGAAUACAUUCAGAGUCUGUUAUUUGUGAUCAGGUUGUCAGUGUAAAUAUUAUCCCUAGUCCUGAUGAGACCGGUGAACAAAUCCAUGUUAGUCUCCCAUUGAACCAACAAGUUUCUAAUGAGAGCAGGCUCUCUAUGUCUGAAUCUGUCUCUGAAUUCUUUGAUGCACAAGAAGUACUUAUAUCAGCAAGCUCUUCAGAAAAUGAGGCUUCUGAUGAUGAAUCUUACAUCAGUGAUGUGAGUGAUAACAUAUCUGAGGACAAUACCAGUGUCACUGACAACAUAUCCCGACAAAUUCUCAAUGGUGAGCUGACAGGAGGCGCCUUCAGGAAUGGACGACGGACUUGUCUUCCAGCUCCCAGUCCUGAUACCAGUAACAUCAAUCUGUGGAAUAUUUUAAGAAAUAAUAUUGGUAAAGAUCUCUCCAAAGUGUCCAUGCCAGUUGAGCUCAAUGAACCUCUCAAUACUUUGCAACAUCUUUGUGAAGAACUAGAAUACAGUGAACUCUUGGACAAGGCUGCUGAAACAGAUGACCCCUACGAACGCAUGGUUCUUAUAGCUGCCUUUGCAGCUUCCGGAUAUGCCUCCACUUACUUCAGAGCAGGAAGCAAGCCAUUUAAUCCAGUGCUUGGUGAGACUUAUGAAUGUAUUAGAGAAGAUAAAGGAUUUCGAUUUUUUUCAGAGCAGGUUAGCCACCAUCCACCCAUUUCUGCCUGUCACUGUGAAUCAAAGAAUUUUGUGUUUUGGCAAGAUAUCAGAUGGAAAAAUAAGUUCUGGGGGAAAUCGAUGGAAAUUCUUCCAGUUGGAGCACUGAAUGUGACUCUUCCAAAGUAUGGAGAUCACUAUGCAUGGAACAAAGUCACAACCUGCAUACAUAACAUCCUUAGUGGAAGGAGAUGGAUAGAACAUUAUGGAGAAAUAACUAUCAGAAACACAAAAAGCAGUAUUUGUAUUUGUAAACUCACAUUUGUCAAGUUAAAUUACUGGAAUUCAAAUGCAAAUGAAGUCCAAGGAGUUAUCAUGGACCAAGAAGGAAAGGUUGUGCAUCGCCUCUUUGGAAAGUGGCACGAAGGACUGUACUGUGGAGUUGCACCUUCAGCAAAGUGUAUAUGGAGGCCAGGCUCCAUGCCAACGAACUAUGAACGUUAUUAUGGUUUUACAAGGUUUGCUAUUGAGCUCAAUGAGUUAGAUCCUGCAUUAAAAGAUCUUCUUCCAGCAACAGAUGCACGAUUUAGGCCAGAUCAAAGAUUUUUGGAAGAAGGAAAUGUAGAAGCAGCAUCAGCUGAUAAGCAGAGAAUAGAGGAACUCCAGAGAAGUAGAAGGCGGUACAUGGAAGAAAACAACAUUGAAUACAAACCAAAAUUUUUUAAAAAAGUUAACGAUGCCAAUCAAAGAGAAGCCUGGGUUUCUAAUGACGCCUAUUGGGAACUACGAAAGGAUCCUGGCUUUAGUAAAAUAGAAACCCCAGUACUCUGGUAAACUGAGAAUGUAGAUCUGACAGGAGAUGAAAUUCUGUUUCUUGGAGGGGAUUAGGAUAUACCCACCACCUGCCAUGGGAAAUAGAAGACAUAGAUCUUCUGCUGGUGAGAGCUAUGAAGGCUCAUCAGUUUUUCAUGGCUUGGUACUAACUUCUCUAUGUGGGGUGUGUGAGUGAGGAAAGGACAAUGGAUUUAAAUCUUUUUGCGUCUGGGUGUCUGUUGCUUCUCUUUUCUCCUGAGUGGGAACUUUGGACCCAGUGACAACCUUCACUUGACCACCAUGAUGAACAUGAUAUGAGAGAGAUUCAUUUUUGUCCCUCAAGCAAGGAUACUUUUUGAGAUUGCUUGAAAACAGCCUUGAUUUUGAUCAUUUUUAGGAGCCAGCAACAAUACCAAGUCCUCCAGAAUCAGCAGAUAAAGCAGUGGAGAGGAAAUAUUUAAGAGAGGAAUGUUUAUAUACCUGAGAAUGCAGGGCUCUGCAGAAGUUAAAUCUGUCUUAAAAUGUUCAUAUUCCAAAAAUAAUCAUUGCAUCUGCGAAAGGGCAGUAUUAAGCUAUAUUAAUGGCUAUGUAGAAUAGAAGCAGAGAGAGACCUAUAACACCUACUCUGCUUCCAAUGAGCUGUUUAUGGUUUUUCCUCACCAUGACUGUGUUUCCAUGGCCAGUCUUGCUUCCCCUGGCUGCUUCAUUACUUUGUGGCUUGAAAAUCAUGAAACUUUUAAAAUGCCCACCUAGAAUAAGAUUGUAACUAAAUUAUUUAGACCAGUCUAGCUCCUUUAUUAAGAAGAGUCUGAAUUUUAAGAGAUUUUGUUACUUGGUACAUUUAGUGUGAAGUUACUCUAAAAAGUUAUAAAUUCUCUUCAUGCCAUUUAUUGUGUUCUGUUGAACUUGUGCAAUAUAUUCACUUUAGUGUGGAAAAGGCAAUGUGCAUAAUAUGUUAAACUAGAUAUUCUAUUUAAUGAUUCAAGUUUGACUGAAAAGCAGGUAGGUACAGUAUCCUAUUAAAGGUUUUAGUCAUUUUUGACUAAGAUACCUUAACUGGGCCAACCUCAAAAUAGGACGUAUGCCUCCUUAAUGAAAGUUGUACAAUUGAAUGUUUGAUAAUUAAAAUAAAUAGUUCAUUCAAAUAAAUAAUCAAGUGAAGGAAGUUUGAUUUUGGUUUUGUAUAAAUAUUAAGGAACUACCUACAAGAAUUAACAUUUCCUCUCUUUAAAUCAGAUAUGUGCUGCACAUUACCCUCAUUAUAUUUUCCUUAUGCAUUUCACUAAGUCCCAGACUGUUUUAUACAACCUACUUAAGAGGGAUUCUUUGAUAUGAAAUCUAGUGAGGUUCAAAAAAGAGAGUUAAAGGUAGUUUGUAGGUGAUUUGUUUGCCUAUUUGUCAGUUUUUGUGGUUUUAUAAUAUCAUCUCUGAUUUUUAAAAUGUUUGGUCUCCAUUUGCAGUCUGUGACAGACCCCUUCAAAAAAGGAGACACUAACAGUUUUUUUCAUUAAUGUUUUGUUGCAUUAGAAGAGAAAUUUAUUACAUUUGUGGUUCGACUGAUUUCAGCAUGCAAUUAAGUGAGCAGCAUUCCUUUACUUUCCUACACAGUUGGAGGAGUAGGAAAAAUCUGCCUAGAAUUAGUUACGUGGGUAUGAGUGGAUCUGGCUAAGUACAGACCUGCAGGAAGUUGAAUUGGGUUCAGUAUGGCCACCUGAUUUAAAUUUACCUCAUCCCAGUGCUGAUGUGACACCUACAGGCUCAGUCUCAUUGACUGGCAAUCAGUCUAAACCUAUAACUGAACAGAAGUUCCAUGAACGCAAGCCAGCCUAAAAAUUGCAGAAUCUGGUUUAAGAUAAAUCUGGAUCUAUGUAGCAGCAUAUGAAUUCAAUUCAGGUCAAACUAGUGCAUGGAACUUCUUCCUCUGUGCAACCCGAGGGCUGGGAAAACCUGGACACUGGCCCCAUCCCUGGGGCUGCUCUUUUCAUUCCCCCCUUCCCCCACACUGGUGUAAUUUUUGCCCCUCAGCCCCUUGCUCCCCCCACCCCAGCCAGCACUUUCAACCCCCAUCUCACAAGUCGCUCCAGAUGCAGCCACUUUUAUCAGUGUUCAUCACUGCUGGAGCUGAGCAAGUAAGUCCCAGUGGUGGGGAGAGGGGCAGGAGGGAUGGGGGUAUAGGUUCAUUGGGGUGCACCUGCCCCCCCACCUUCACAGCAUGGGCCAU